GUUCCACUUUUGACCCUGAGUUGUGCUUCGCACUCGCCGCUGAGGGCGGCGUUCCGGGGAACCUGCGUCAAGAAUAUUUUUCGAACGAUGUGUGAGGCAUAAGACAUGUUGAUCAAGAUUUAAACACUGUAUCUACAUUUUUGAAUUUUAUUUUGUCGUUGUCCAUUGUUUGUUUGUUUUAUUGGUUUUUCUACACACAACAUUAAAAGUACAGUGAAUGCAAACUUAAAUUACAAUAUUGAAUAUUUCAUUCAAUUCAUACAUUGUCAGUAAACUUAAGCCGAGUUAUCACUCCAGGUCAAGGUCCAGUCUGUAAUCUACGUCGACUCGUUUGUUUGUCCUGCUCGUAUGUAAUGAUUACGGUAUAUUAAAAUUCGGCCUACAAUCCGAUUUUAAAGACUUAGCGCUACGGUAUAGACGGUCAUGUCUCCACUCUGGACUUCCGCUAUAUGUCUUGUUGCGAUUGUUCUCUACCAAGCCACUACACCAAUAACAGUUAACAUUUUCUCCGAGGUGGCCAUCGCUGCUGAUAAGGUGCGCAUCUUCAAAUUCUUGAGUAACCUGACCAAGGUACUAGAACAGGGGCCGAUCAGAGUGAAAAUAAUUGGCACAUUUGAAGAGGAAGGCGUUACAAUGGACUAUUACAAAAUGGUUAAUGACAUACCAAUACUUGGCUCAUUUUCAUUUUCAACCUAUUAUGAUGCUUUUCUUUGUAAAUUUCCAAAAAACUUUACAAUAUCAACAAAAUUUGAAACCAAUUUCGCUAUAAUGCGGGGAAAGACAACUUGGACAUUGCAUAACACAAACAAAGAUGGGAAUGAUAUGGUCACUAAACUCAAAGAACAAUUCACAGCCACUUGUCCAUGGAUCUUUAGCCACAUUACGGAGACAGUUGCUCGUGAGGAACAUCGGCACACCCUGGAGUCUAUCAAGGAACGAAUGGAAGCUGAAGGGCAUGGUUGAAUUAGCAACAUACCAUUACAAAUUUAGCCAAGCCGUAUUAAUGCCUCCUAUUAUAAAUAUUAUCACAGCUCUCAACAAAUGUUGUCCUGUAAAUAAAUGCAUUUUGUAAUAAAAUUCUUCUAACGGGAUUCGAACCUGCGACCUUUCGCUGUCAAGGCGAGCGUCAUAACCAUUAGACCACAGAGGCUUCUUGGUUGAACAAAUAUUCAAAUAACUGGAUGCUACAUUGUAUUACACAAUGAUGGUGCACCUCGGGAGGGCGUUAAGUACGACUGGAAAUAAAUAGU